AGACCGGUUUUUGGAGUGAGAUCUGGCCUAUGGCCCCAGCAGAUCCGCCCGUUGUUUUUCUGGUCAGUAGAAGCCUUCCCCCUGCACCUUCCCAGUAUGACCGAUACCUCAACGUAACCGAAAAUGUCCAAAACGGGGAGUUUGGUGUCUGUGUUCCUAAUGGGGGUUGUGAUAACGUUGUAACACCAAGUGAAUGGGUAACAACAAUAUUUUUCAAGACGACUACAAACAGCUCAGGACCUUUCAAUAACAUUGAGAUGAGUUUUGCUUUGGGGCCCCCGGAGUACAAAUUCAAUGAGUACACUGUCAGCUUACAUACAGUCAACAACUCCAAACCUAUUAUUGCUCUCAACUUACCCAAGGAAAUACCUCAUCAUGUGUUUACAAGACUUUCACCUGGAAAAUAUGUGAUUAAGCAUAACUUAGAGAAUUCCAGCCAGCACUCAUUUUCUCUGGCUUCCCAACUCUCCAUAGCUUCAUCAACUCUAGCCACUUCUAAUUUAGAGAGUUUUUGA